AUGGUUACGUGGGGAGACAGAGAGGGGAUUUUCAAAAUAAAAUUAAAUGACGCGGCGCGGUGUCCCGUGGGACUCCGUUUGAAAAUAAUUUUUUCCAUUCAAACGGUUCGCGAAUGCACGAUGACUUCCAGAGGAACCUCCAUGUUCUACACGGUGGAGGUUGGAGACACCAAAUUUACUAUAUUAAAGAGGUAUCAAAACCUCAAACCGAUCGGAUCCGGGGCUCAAGGAAUCGUUUGCGCUGCAUACGACACCGCGACGAAACAAAAUGUGGCGAUAAAAAAAUUAAGCCGUCCUUUUCAAAACGUUACGCACGCGAAAAGAGCGUAUAGAGAAUUUAAGUUAAUGAAAUUGGUAAACCACAAAAACAUAAUAGGUUUGCUAAAUGCGUUCACGCCUCAGAGAUCCCUAGAAGAAUUUCAAGACGUGUACCUAGUGAUGGAACUCAUGGACGCAAACUUGUGCCAAGUGAUACAAAUGGAUUUGGAUCACGAGCGUAUGUCGUAUUUAUUGUAUCAAAUGCUCUGCGGUAUCAAGCACCUUCACUCGGCCGGAAUAAUACACAGAGAUUUAAAACCGAGCAACAUUGUCGUGAAAAGCGAUUGCACGUUGAAAAUCCUAGAUUUCGGACUCGCUCGAACGGCUGGCACGACGUUCAUGAUGACUCCGUACGUCGUCACGAGAUACUAUCGUGCUCCCGAAGUCAUUUUGGGAAUGGGAUACAAGGAAAAUGUUGAUAUAUGGUCCGUCGGAUGCAUAAUGGGUGAAAUGAUAAGGGGCGGCGUUUUGUUUCCCGGAUCUGAUCAUAUUGAUCAAUGGCAUAAAAUUAUCGAACAAUUAGGUACGCCGUCGCAAGAAUUCAUGGCGAGGCUUCAGCCCACUGUGAGAAAUUACGUGGAAAACAGGCCGAGAUUUCCCGGGUAUCCGUUCGAACGACUUUUUCCCGACGUUUUAUUUCCCUCGGAUUCGUCGGAACACAGCAGGUUGAGAGCGAGUCAGGCGCGAGAUCUUUUAUCGCGGAUGUUGGUCAUUGAUCCGGAGAGAAGAAUAUCCGUCGACGAUGCUCUUCUUCAUCAUUACAUAAACAUUUGGUACGACGAGGGAGAAGUGAACGCCCCGGCUCCCGGUCCGUACGAUCAUUCGGUCGACGAAAGGGAACAUACGGUCGAACAAUGGAAAGAACUCAUUUACCAAGAAGUCAUGGAUUACGAAACUUCCGUGAGUGGAGGAGGAGGAGGAGGAGCCGCCGUCGUCGUGGUAGAAGACGGCGAAGAAAUCGUCGAUGGUCAACGUGGCGGAGCACGACGGUAG